CCGCGGAGCGCCCACCUGCCGCCGCCACUUCGAUCCCCACCACCGCCGCUCUUUUCUCUGCUUUUCUCGGCGACAUGGGUCUCUCCAAGGAACAAGAGGUCGACUGCAUCAACAAGUUUGGCUCCGUACGCAUGUUCUCGUACUGCAGCGACGCAGCGCUCAAGAAGCUCUGCGCGCAAGCCGCGCCGGUCUCGUACCCCAAGGGCCACGUGCUCUCGCGGCAGGGCGUGCCCAUGGAGAGCCUCGUCGUCGUCUCGAGCGGUGUCAUCCAGGAGACCAAGGAGAUCUCGGGCCAAAUGCACUCGUGGGGCGACAUUACGCCGGGCAAUGCGCUCGGAAGCAACCACGUCUUGCGCCGCGAUGCGUCGGCCGCGACCGCCAAGUGCGCGACGCCAGUCUUUGGCUACAAGAUGGACUCGGACGUGCUCACAAAGGCGCUAUUGGACCCCGAAAUUGCGCCGGACGUCAUGUACUCGCUCCAUCGCGAGAUUCGCCGCCACAUGAACCUUCUCCAGACGCCGCUCCUCGAGCAGCACGCCAAGCCGACGCCGAUCUUUGCCACGUCGGUCGCCGCCGCCGUCGAAAGCUUUUACCGCAGUGCGCUCAACUCGUACUUGAAUGCCAAGCUCACGGGCCAGGCGCCGGCGACGCUCUUCCCCAACAUGGGCGUGCAGAUCCCGACGCGCGUGGCCUACAUCAACGGCUUCAAGGGCUUGCGCCAUUUCUUUGAAAACAACAUUGACGCCGACGACUACGAGAACCCGGAAGCCGUGCGCCUUGUCGAGGCCAUUCUCCCGGGUAUCCUCAUGACACCCGUGAGCAGCAUGCUCGAGGCCUGUAACGCCGGCCACAUGAACCCCGAGCCGUUGCACACGCGAUGGAUCCGCGGUCUCAUGCCCCGCGCCGUGCGUGAGAUCAUCUUUGGCGUCGGCUUGAACCAGCUUUCCGACUACUUUGAGGAACGUAUCCCAAUCGACGACGAGAGCCCCGUGCUCCGGAACGCGCUCGGCAGUCUCUGCGCCGGUGUUGUCUCGGGCUACUUUUCGCACGUGCCGCACAACCUCUCGACGCUCAAGCUCAUGAACCCGCAAAAGUCGUACAUGCACCACAUGAAGGACCUCGUCGACCACGCCGAAAGCCGCGUUCCGAACAACAUCAAGUCGCCACUCGCGCGCCGCGUGAGCGCAUCGAUGCUCGCGUUCUUCUUCCCCAAGGGCCUCGCCAUCCGCACGUCCCAGAUUGUCGGCUCGUUCAUGAUCCUCAACGGUACCAUCAACUCGCUCAAGGACUUCGACGUGCUCAACAUCCCGUCGUCGCUGGCAGCAAGAUGAAUGGCCCGUCGUCAACUCGUAUCCUCCUCCUACUUUAACUUUAAUCCAGCACCUGUCGUUUGCGCA